UCGGGCGGAGGCAAGGUCCGGAAUCCGAAGAAACCCAAGGCGCGUCCACCAAAGUCUCUACGAGAAACCAUUCUCCUGCCUGUGAGAUCAUUACCAGCAUAUUCCGGACCCUAUUCAGUGGGAACCAUGGAAAUUGAAGUGCCAGUCGAAGAACCACGGACCUUUACCAACAUCACGCGGAAGGGGAAUCAUGUACUGCAGUUGAAGACGGUGCUGUUGACCAUAUACUACCCUGCUUCUCCGCCGCAGAAGAAGCGGCCAUCGAGACAGCUAUGGCUAGGGCGACCGAGAUGGAGCAUGGCGGCUGGUUAUGGCCAUUUUUCGACAGUUGGACCUUUGGGCAUACCAGUGUUUCUGCCUACGAUGUUCACAAAGCUUCCGGCAUUCCGAAAUGCUCCGCUCUCGAAUCAGUUUCCUCCGGAUACCGACCAUGGAGACGAAGAUCAGAAAUCUGGUGAGAGCACAGAGGAAGAGGAGAAAGACGAAACAGACCGGUCUUCGGACGCGCCGCCGAGAUUUCCUCUCAUGAUGUUCAGUCACGGCCUAGGCGGCACUAAGACUGCUUACUCGAGUGUUUGCGGCGAGUUUGCGAGUUACGGGUUUGCGGUUAUCGCCGUAGAACAUCGAGAUGGUAGCGGGCCUCGAAGUUUCAUCAAUCAGCCUGGAAGUGGCGAGGUCGAAUUUGACAAAGCUGGUGAAAGACGAAAUCCAAAGAAAUUUCACAGGAAGCAUGGUGAUACGCACUAUGAUGAUUACCUCUUCCCGAAAGUCACAGACAAUCCCUGGGACACCAGUCCGAACAAUGACAAAGGAGUUGAUCAAGAACUCCGCGGAGGGCAGCUGGAUCUGCGCUUAGCAGAGAUCGAGGAAGCUUACAAGGUCAUGAACAUCAUCAAUGCAGGCAGAGGCGAAGAAAUCGUUGCGAAAAAUAUGCGACAAAAGGGCUACAAAGCGUCUUCAACACAUGGUCUCGAUGGUGUUGACUGGUCAACCUGGAAGGACAGAGUGGACACCGAAUACGUCGUUGCGGCUGGACAUUCCUUCGGCGCAGCAACUGUUGUGGACAUGUUGCGACACCCAGAACGAUUCAAGUGGGUUGCACAAGGCAUCAUCUACGAUAUUUGGGGAAGUGGAACGCGGCCAGCAGCCGAGGAAGACGAGAAAAUUCAAGCACCAAUCCUAGCCAUCAACUCAGAAGCCUUCACAUACUGGCCAUCCAACUUCGAUCUCGUAUCAAAUCUAGUGGAAGAAGCCCAUCCAUGUCCAGCAUGGCUCAUGACAGUCCGCGGCACAAUACACGUCUCGCAAUCCGACUUUUCGCUACUAUACCCUAACGUCUGCUCACUCUUCCUGAAAGCAAGCGCCAACCCUGAGCGAGCUCUGGAUAUCAACGUCAACGCUUCACUGGAGUUCUUGCAAAUGGUGAUGCCAACGAUACCCUACCGCAUCAAAAAGGCGUUCCCCAACGAAGAGUUGCUACAGACGCCCACGCAUCACCUUGAGGACAUUCCUGUCAUAGACCUGCACAAGCCAAAAGACGAAAAGUGGAUGGCUGCAAGACUGCGCAUCCCGCACGAGUUUACUUGGCGUGUAGCCCCUGGAUUGGCAAGGAAAAUGGCGAGGAAGAAGAUCACUGAGGGAGGCGGUUCGCCGGAUGAUGAGGUCUGGUUGCAUUGCAAGCCG